UGCAAAAUGACCAAACACAAGGUGUUCUCCAAGAAAGCCAAAACGAAUCUGACGCAUCUUUACCUGAAUGAUAAAAAUAUGACCAAAAUUAACAACAUCUAUCCGACCAAAAACAUCCUGGUCCUGUACCUGCACAACAACCAAAUAAGUAAAAUUGAAAAGCUGAACGCCUUCGCCCACCUGACGCACCUCUAUCUGCAGUGGAACAACCUGCGAAAGAUUGAGAAUCUGGACAGUCUGAAGAACCUCAAGCAGCUGUAUCUGGGUUACAACAAAAUAUCGCGGCUAGAGAACUUGGGCAACUUAAAGAAGCUCGAACAAGUCCACAUCGAGCGCCAGCAGCUGGAUGGUGCCGUACGGUUCGACUUCGAUCCAGAAUGCGUUUGUGCGCUGGCGAAUCACCUCAAGGUUUUAAACAUCAAAAAGCUCAAGCUAACCAACAUUGAUGCGCUGGAACCGUUGUGGAAGCUAGAGAUUCUGCUCGCCUCGGAGAACAACUUCAAAUCGACUGAUGAUAUUACGCCCGUCAUUAGUGCCCUCUACUCGCUGCGUGUCCUCGAUCUGCAGGGUUCUGCCGCUCAACGUGAUGUACACUACCGCGAGAAGGUUACCGCUGCGGCUGGCCAUAAACUUCUGUUGCUGGAUGGAAAAAUGAUUUCACAAUCGACGCGUAAUUUCAUCAAAAACUUCCAGUCCGUCAAGCUGGAGAAGCAGCGACGUGCUAGCGAGAAACCGAAAACGGCCGAGAAUUCGAAAUCUUCUUUUGAUUGCACCAGCGAACGGAGCAGCGGCAGUGGAUUCGUGGACCCGUUCAGUGCCGUCCUUCCGGCGACUUCGCUGUUCCAGGUAAGCACCCGGCGACCGGUCUGCACGCGAGUGCUUCGCAAACCCAUCAAAUCACCGCUCCUCACGAAAACCAUGUCGGCCAACUUCUGUGACGAGAUGGCGUUCCGUUCGAACGAACUGCAUCCGGCCGGUGCCGUCGUUAUGCUGCAAGGCAAAGAGAUUAAGGCGGGAGUACCGGUAUUUAAGGAAAAGCUGCGUGCUCACCGAAAGAUACAAUCAUUGCCAACGAUUGAUCACUAG